CAAGAAGAAAUUGCCAAGCAAUUUGAUCUUCCUGAACGUAAAUCCAAAAUUGCUACGUUAAUCAAACAGGAUAGACAGUACUGUGUUUGUCGGUCCACUGACUCUAAUAGGUUUAUGAUAGGCUGUGACAACUGUGAAGAAUGGUACCAUGGUGACUGUAUAGGAAUCACUGAAAAAGAUGCCAAGUACAUUGAGCAAUAUUAUUGUGUUAGGUGUAAAGAAGAUGACCCUGACUUGAUCACUAGAUUCAAGCCUAGAAAAAUAGAAAAGCCAGAGAAAGAUAGAGACCGUUACAAAGAAAGAGAGAGGGAAAGGGAAAGAGAGAGAGAAAGAGAGAGGGACAGAGACUAUGUUGCAAAACACCAGCGAGAAAGAGAUUCAGUGUAUAUUCCCUCAAAUUCAUACCAUGAAGAAAAAGAGAAAAAGCCCAAGAAGCGACGAGACCAAUACACAGCACCAAAAGAGCCAUCAAAACCUAAAAGCUUCAAAUGUGGCAGUUGCAUGGGAUGCUUUAGAGUUGAUGAUUGUGGUAGAUGUUCUAUGUGUCGAGAUAUGCGAAAGUAUGGUGGACCUGGUCGCCACAAGGGUAAAUGUCUUGCCAGAGUCUGCACAAGUGUGUCAAAUCACCGGACAAAGCCAACUGCUGCCCAUGAAAAGAGACGCAAACGUAAGGAUUCUUCAUCUGAUGGAGAGAAAAUUCCUGUUGUUCCUGAAGGACCCCGUCAAUGCUAUGGACCUCAGUGCAUAAAACAUUCAAGACAGGGGUCUAAGUAUUGCUCUGAUGAAUGUGGUUUGAAAUUGGCUGCUAAUAGAAUUUACCAGAUUUUGCCACAAAGAAUUCAAGAAUGGGCUUUAGCUCCAUGUGAAGCAGAAAGUCAAAAUAAGAAAGACCUUGAUAAAGUGAGGAAGGAUCAGCAGGAAUGUAGAACAAUUUUAGAUCAGCUGGAGAAGCGCCAUAAGGAACUUGAUGCUGCAAUAGAGCGAGCAGAAAGAGCUUCCGUAGACGAGCAUUAUGAUGAUGAUCUGGAAGAGGAAAGUGAACAGUCAAUGUAUUGUAUUACUUGUGGUCAUGAGAUACAUUCUCGUACUGCCAUACGACAUAUGGAAAAAUGUUUUAAUAAGUACGAAAGUCAAUCUUCAUUUGGUUCCAUUUACAAAACUCACAUAGAAGGAAACAAUAUGUUCUGUGAUAAUUAUAAUCCAACAUCUGGAAUGUAUUGUAAAAGGCUUCGGGUUCUUUGCCCUGAGCACAGUAAAGAUCCCAAAAUUGGUGACCAUGAGGUGUGUGGAUGCCCACUAGUCACAAAUGUAUUCGACCUGACAGGAGAAUUCUGUAGAGCCCCAAAAAAGCAUUGUGUUAAACAUUUUUGCUGGGAAAAGUUGAGGAGAGCUGAGAUUGACAUGGAGCGAGUGCGACAGUACAUGAGAGCUGAUGAGUUAAUGGAGCAAGAACGUCAGUUACGACACAAACUGGCCAAUAGAGCCGGAGUUCUUGCCCUCAUGUUGCACUCCACUUACAAUCAUGAAUUAAUGGAACAAAUGAGUGCCCAGCAACAAGCUCAAGAACAAGCUCAGCAGCAUAAGAAAAUUGAAAAUGGACAUGGUCAAAAAGAAUCACAGUCAAUUGAUACUAAAGUUGAUGAAGAUGAAGAUGGAAGAAUGUCUGAGUAAAAAAUUGACUACUUACUAGUUAAGACAUUUUCACUACAAAUUUAUGCUUAAGUAGAUUUUUUAAAAAAGUUGUGUGUACAUAUAGACGUUUUGAAAGAAAUAUAUGCAAAAUACAUUAAGCAUAAAAUA